GGCAAAUACAAUUUUGGUCUUCUCGCCAGAUGAAUGAUUAUGGCAGCAGCGAAAAAAUGUGCUCCAAGCACUAGCACUUCCAUAGAGCAGUAUUUGAAUACAACCGCUAAUGUACUGCUGGAAGUGUCCACCUAUUCGAGCCGUUUUUUUGUAGGCCUGCUCCUAAUCCUAUACCUUUACCUGCAUAUUAUCAUGUGUGUGCUCUUUGUGGCUGGUGAGGUCGUGGUUUCUUUUUUCUCGUGGAACUAGAUACCAGUGGUCACUCAUGACUUCAUUUUCCUCGCGCAGCAGCCGUGGUGUGGGAAGUCUUGCAGGCCGUACUGGUGACUCUCUCGGUUCGGACGCUCGAUUCCAUAGUCCCUUGUUUGAGCAUCCGGCUUUGGGUCCUACGGCUGCACCUCCCGCUGCAACUUCGCAUCAUUAUACGGACGGAAGCGGAAAAGUGAUGUGGGGUAGCACGACGAGUGGGAAGAGCCACAACAUUGGUCUUUUUGCGAAGGCGCCUCCAGUAGUGGGAGCAAGUUCGGUGCACGUGACGGCGCGCGACGGUGAGCACGCGAGUCAAGAACUACAUGCUGGCCCGAUGAUUGCAGCAACAGAAGCCGGUUCGGCGAAUGGGACGACUUCUAACCAGCACAAUGAUCAAGCACAUCAUCCGCUGCCGGAGCGCGAAGCACCCGCGGGCCCGCCCGCACCGUCAAUCCGCAAGACCACGGCGCAGCUGUUGUAUGAAAAGCAACAAGCAGCUCAGUUAGCGGAGCAAGAGGAGAUAAAUCAGCGGCGGGGUGGUCGUCUUGCGACUGGCCAGCAGCGGACAUCAGGGCCUCAACGUGGGGCAGGAGUUGCAGCUGCUUUUGGAGGUAGAAGUUGUACGCAGCAUGAUGUUGAACAAACUAUAAACCAACACAGCGGCUCCUUCCCCGCCCUACAACAUCCACGGCGACUGAACAGCCAGCCACGUCGGGGUGUAGGUGUAGCCGCGUCGCAGCCCCAGUCCGCUUGCAACUCCCGUCGAGGCAGCGGUGCCUCGCUGGCUGCCGCAAAGCCUGGGUACUACUCGAACCAUUCCACUCCCGGCCCCCGUGGUAAUAUCGGGCCGAACCGGGCUGCAUCUCAGCAACCGCACCACGCAUAUAGUAAUUUUCGUGCGUCGUCGAACAGUGGUGCAGCUUCCGCUUCCCUUAAGCGGCCCGGCGGAUCAUCUUCCGCGGGAGGAGGAGGUCCUCUUUACAACGACGAAGACUCGCAAUUUUCGAGGUCCCAGAACAACACGCCGGCCGCCAAGCGCCCUCGGAGGCCGGAGCCUCUACUGCGGAGGAGACCUGUUGAGGAACAAGUGCUCCAGUUUCACACCCUGCACGCGAAUGGGGGCGAUGUCCACUUGCCGACUCUGGUCGACGAAGGCGAAGUGUUUGUGGAAGGACAGUGAAGGACUAAGAAAGUACUUAAAAAGCGAGCAGUUUCUGUGAAUUUAUAGCGUUACCAUCACUUAGCGACGACGGGUCCCGCCCCCGGCCCUGGCCCACCCCCUCAAGUAGAAUUCUGUAGUAACACCACCGCGACUUCUUCUUACACCAAUCGAGGAAUCAAGUACAUUCAACACGUACCUUUGGUACGCAUUUUUUUGCUGCUAUAUUGGAGCGG